AACCAUGUGAGGGCCAACCCAGGACGGCGGCGUGGAUGAGCGCUCAGAGGAUCCGCCUCCUGGUCCUUGCCCCGCUCAGCAUGGAACAGAGGAGGCCCUGGCCACGGGCGGAGGUCGACAGCCGGUCUGUGGUCUUGCUCUCCGUGGUCUGGGUGCUGCUGGCCCCCCCGGCAGCUGGCAUGCCUCAGUUCAGCACCUUCCACUCUGAGAACCGAGACUGGACCUUCAACCACUUGACUGUCCACCGAGGGACGGGGGCAGUGUACGUCGGGGCCAUCAACCGGGUCUACAAGCUGACGGGCAACCUGACCAUCCAGGUGGCUCACAUGACUGGGCCGCGGGAGGACAACAAGUCUUGUUACCCGCCCCUCACCGUGCAGCCCUGCAGCGAGGCGCUCACCCUCACCAACAACGUCAACAAGCUGCUCAUCAUUGACUACCCCGAGAACCGCCUGCUGGCCUGUGGGAGCCUCUACCAGGGGGUCUGCAAGCUGCUGCGGCUGGACGACCUCUUUAUCCUGGCGGAGCCGUUCCACAAGAAGGAGCACUACCUGUCCAGCGUCAACAAGACGGGGACGAUGUACGGGGUGAUCGUGCGCUCCGAGGGGCAGGACGGCAAGCUCUUCAUCGGCACGGCCGUGGACGGAAAGCAGGAUUACUUCCCCACCCUGUCCAGCAGGAAGCUGCCUCGCGACCCCGAGUCCUCCGCCAUGCUGGACUACGAGCUGCACAGUGACUUCGUGUCCUCCCUCAUCAAGAUCCCCUCCGACACCUUGGCCCUGGUCUCCCACUUCGACAUCUUCUACAUCUACGGCUUCGCCAGCGGGGGCUUCGUCUACUUCCUCACGGUGCAGCCCGAGACCCCCGAGGGGGUGGCCAUCAACUCGGCCGGAGACCUGUUCUACACCUCGCGCAUCGUGAGGCUCUGCAAGAAUGACCCCAAGUUCCACUCCUACGUGUCCCUGCCUUUCGGCUGCACGCGGGCUGGGGUGGAGUACCGCCUCCUGCAGGCGGCUUACCUCGCCAAGCCUGGGGCCUCCCUGGCCCAGGCCUUCAACAUCAGCAGCCAGGAUGACGUGCUCUUCGCCAUCUUCUCCAAAGGGCAGAAGCAGUACCACCACCCGCCCGAUGACUCCGCCCUCUGUGCCUUCCCCAUCCCUGCCAUCAACUUGCAGAUCAAGGAGCGCCUGCAGUCCUGCUACCAGGGCGAGGGCCACCUGGAGCUCAACUGGCUGCUGGGGAAGGAAGUCCAGUGCACCAAGGCGCCGGUCCCCAUCGAUGACAACUUCUGUGGAUUAGACAUCAACCAGCCGCUAGGAGGUUCCACGCCGGUGGAGGGCCUGACCCUGUAUACCACCAGCCGGGACCGCAUGACGUCAGUGGCCUCAUAUGUUUACAACGGCUACAGCGUGGUGUUCGUGGGGACUAAGAGCGGCAAGCUGAAGAAGAUUCGAGCUGAUGGUCCCCCCCAUGGCGGGGUUCAGUAUGAGAUGGUGUCUGUGCUCAAAGACGGGAGCCCCAUCCUCCGGGACAUGGCCUUCUCCACCGAUCAGCGCUACCUGUACGUCAUGUCAGAGAGACAGAUCACCAGGGUCCCCGUGGAAUCCUGUGAGCAGUACACGACUUGUGUGGAGUGCCUGAGCUCGGGGGACCCUCACUGUGGCUGGUGUGCCCUGCACAACAUGUGCUCCCGCAGGGACAAGUGCCAACGGGCCUGGGAACCUAAUCGAUUUGCUGCCAGCAUCAGCCAGUGCAUGAGCCUCGAGGUGCGUCCCAGCAGCAUCUCCGUGUCUGAGCACAGCCGGCAGCUCAGCCUGGUUGUGAAUGAUGCUCCAGAUCUGUCUGCGGGUAUCAAAUGUGCCUUCGGAAACCUGACAGAGGUGGAGGGACAGGUGUCCGGGACCCAAGUCAUCUGCAUCUCACCUGGGCCUAAGGAUGUUCCUGUCAUCCCAUUGGAUCAAGAUUGGUUUGGGCUAGAACUGCAGCUGAGAUCCAAGGAGACAGGGAAGAUAUUUGUCAGCACCGAGUUCAAGUUCUACAACUGCAGCGCCCACCAACUGUGCCUGUCUUGUGUCAACAGCGCCUUCCGCUGCCAUUGGUGCAAGUACCGCAACCUCUGCACUCACGACCCCACCACCUGCUCCUUUCAGGAGGGCCGGAUCAAUAUUUCAGAGGACUGUCCCCAGCUGGUGCCCACGGAGGAGAUCUUGAUACCCGUCGGGGAAGUAAAGCCCAUCACCCUUAAGGCUCGAAACCUGCCCCAGCCUCAGUCCGGCCAGCGAGGCUAUGAGUGUGUCCUCAACAUCCAGGGGGCCGUCCACCGGGUCCCCGCCCUGCGCUUCAACAGCUCCAGCGUCCAGUGCCAGAACAGCUCGUACCAGUACGACGGGAUGGACAUCAGCAACCUGGCCGUGGACUUUGCCGUGGUGUGGAAUGGCAAUUUCAUCAUCGACAACCCCCAGGACCUGAAAGUCCACCUCUACAAGUGUGCGGCCCAGCGGGAGAGCUGCGGCCUGUGCCUCAAGGCCGACCGGAAGUUUGAGUGCGGCUGGUGCAGCGGCGAGCGCAGGUGCACCCUCCACCAGCACUGUGCCAGCCCCUCCAGUCCCUGGCUCGACUGGUCCAGCCACAACGUGAAGUGCUCCAACCCGCAGAUCACCGAGAUUUUGACAGUGUCUGGACCACCCGAAGGAGGGACUCGAGUGACCAUCCACGGCGUGAACCUGGGUCUGGACUUCUCUGAGAUCGCCCAUCACGUGCAGGUGGCUGGGGUGCCCUGCACACCCCUGCCCGGGGAGUACAUCAUCGCUGAGCAGAUCGUCUGUGAGAUGGGCCAUGCCCUCGUGGGGACCACGUCUGGGCCCGUGCGCCUGUGCAUUGGCGAGUGCAAACCAGAGUUCAUGACCAAGUCCCAUCAACAGUACACCUUUGUGAACCCUUCCGUGCUGUCCCUCAACCCCGUCCGCGGCCCAGAGUCCGGAGGCACCAUGGUGACCAUCACGGGCCGUUAUCUUGGAGCUGGGAGCAGCGUGGCUGUGUACCUGGGCAACCAGACCUGCGAGUUCUAUGGGCGGUCAAUGAAUGAGAUCGUGUGUGUCUCACCCCCAUCGUCCAAUGGCCAGAGCUGUGUUCCUGUCUUCGUGAGUGUCGACCGAGCCCGUGUGAACAACAGCCUGAAGUUUGAGUACAUAGGGGACCCCCAGGUGCAGAGCAUCGAGCCGGAGUGGAGCAUCGCCAGUGGCCACACACCCCUGACCAUCACAGGCUCCAACCUGGAUGUCAUUCAGGAGCCAAGGAUCCGAGUCAAGUUUAAUGGCAAAGAAUCUGUCAAUGUGUGUAAAGUUGUGAACAACACCACCCUCACCUGCCUGGCACCCUCUCUGACCACGGACUACCGGCCCGGCCUGGACACUGUGGAACGGCCAGACGAGUUUGGCUUUGUCUUUAACAAUGUCCAGUCCUUGCUCAUUUACAAUGACACCAAGUUCAUCUACUACCCCAACCCAACCUUCGAACUACUCAGCCCCACUGGAGUCUUGAAUCAGAAGCCAGGAUCCCCCAUCAUUCUGAAGGGCAAAAACCUCUGCCCUCCUGCCUCUGGGGGCGCCAAACUCAAUUACACGGUGCUGAUUGGAGAGACCCCGUGUGCCGUCACUGUGUCCGAGACACAGCUCCUCUGCGAGCCCCCCAACCUCACGGGGCAGCACAAGGUCAUGGUUCACGUGGGCGGAAUGGUGUUCUCUCCGGGCUCGGUGAGUGUCGUCUCAGACAGCCUGCUGACCCUGCCAGCCAUCGUCAGCAUCGCGGCGGGCGGCAGCCUCCUCCUCAUCAUCGUCAUCAUCGUCCUCAUCGCCUACAAGCGGAAGUCUCGAGAAAACGACCUCACGCUGAAGAGGCUCCAGAUGCAGAUGGACAACCUGGAGUCCCGUGUGGCCCUGGAGUGUAAGGAAGCUUUUGCUGAACUCCAGACAGACAUCAUUGAGCUGACCAGCGACCUGGACCGCUCAGGAAUCCCCUACCUGGACUAUCGUACCUAUGCCAUGCGCGUCCUGUUCCCCGGCAUCGAGGACCAUCCUGUCCUGCGGGAGCUGGAGGUGCAGGGCAACGGGCAGCAGCAUGUGGAGAAGGCGCUGAAGCUCUUCGCCCAGCUCAUCAACAACAAGGUCUUCCUGCUGACCUUCAUCCGCACCCUGGAGCUGCAGCGCAGCUUCUCCAUGCGCGACCGCGGCAACGUGGCCUCGCUCAUCAUGACCGGCCUGCAGGGCCGCCUGGAGUACGCCACCGACGUGCUCAAGCAGCUGCUCUCCGACCUCAUCGACAAGAACCUGGAGAACAAGAACCACCCCAAGCUGCUGCUCCGGAGGACAGAGUCAGUGGCUGAGAAGAUGCUGACCAACUGGUUUGCCUUCCUCCUGCACAAGUUCCUGAAGGAGUGCGCGGCCGAGCCGCUCUUCAUGCUCUACUGCGCCAUCAAGCAGCAGAUGGAGAAGGGCCCCAUCGACGCCAUCACGGGCGAGGCCCGCUACUCCCUGAGCGAGGACAAGCUCAUCCGCCAGCAGAUCGAGUACAAGACCCUGAUCCUGAACUGCGUCAACCCCGACAACGAGAACAGUCCGGAGAUCCCAGUGAAGGUGUUGAACUGUGACACCAUCACGCAGGUCAAGGAGAAGAUCCUCGACGCCAUCUACAAGAACGUGCCCUACUCCCAGCGGCCGAGGGCCGUGGACAUGGACUUGGAGUGGCGUCAAGGCCGGAUCGCCAGGGUCGUGCUGCAAGACGAGGACAUUACCACCAAGAUCGAGGGCGACUGGAAGCGGCUCAACACACUGAUGCAUUACCAGGUGUCCGACAGAUCGGUGGUGGCUCUGGUCCCCAAACAGACCUCCUCCUACAACAUCCCCGCUUCUGCCAGCAUCUCCCGGACGUCCAUCAGCAGAUAUGACUCCUCCUUCAGGUACACAGGCAGCCCCGACAGUCUGCGGUCCCGGGCCCCCAUGAUCACCCCAGACCUGGAGAGCGGGGUCAAGGUGUGGCACCUGGUGAAGAACCACGACCACGGAGACCAGAAGGAGGGUGACCGGGGCAGCAAGAUGGUGUCGGAGAUCUACCUGACCCGGCUGCUGGCCACCAAGGGCACCCUGCAGAAGUUCGUGGACGACCUGUUCGAGACCCUGUUCAGCACUGUGCACCGGGGCAGCGCCCUCCCCCUGGCCAUCAAGUACAUGUUUGACUUCCUGGAUGAGCAGGCGGACAGACACAGCAUCCACGACACAGAUGUGCGGCACACCUGGAAGAGCAACUGCCUCCCUCUGCGCUUCUGGGUGAACGUGAUCAAGAACCCCCAGUUCGUGUUUGACAUCCACAAAGGCAGCAUCACGGACGCCUGCCUCUCCGUGGUGGCCCAGACCUUCAUGGACUCUUGCUCCACGUCUGAGCACCGGCUGGGCAAGGACUCCCCGUCCAACAAGCUGCUGUACGCCAAGGACAUCCCCAGCUACAAGAGCUGGGUGGAGAGAUACUAUGCAGACAUCGCCAAGCUGCCCGCCAUCAGCGACCAGGACAUGAACGCCUACCUCGCCGAGCAGUCCCGCCUGCACGCUGUGGAGUUCCACAUGCUGAGUGCCCUCAAUGAGAUCUACUCCUACGUCAGCAAGUACAGCGAGGAGCUCAUCGGGGCGCUGGAGCAGGACGAGCAGGCCCGGCGCCAGCGGCUGGCCUACAAGGUGGAACAGCUCAUAAAUGCUAUGUCCAUCGAGAGCUGAGAGACGGAGCCUCCCGUUCCUGGGCAGAGGGACCCGUGAACGCUGUGACACUGGGCGUCUCGGAAGAAAGGACAAGUGAAGGGGAUCGGACCCCAGAGCUUGCUGUCCCCCGAGACCCCAUCCCGGGGAGAGGGGAGCCACGCCAGCCAAGUCUCCUCGCAGGCCAGGCGGAUCCUGCAGGGAGAGACCAUGGGCGUCGUCCACCCCAGGGCGCACAGGAGAGGAGCAGGGCCGCGGAGGAGGCGGCUCUUCAAGCCGAGAGGCGCCAGCUGGACACGGUUCCGCCUCUGUGACUGCUGCUUUGCAUGAAAACUCAUUUGAUGUAUAUUGGGGAAAUAAUGAGAACUUUAUUUAAUUUUUUUUAAGAAAAAGGAAAACCAGAAAUAAAACAAAACAAAACACUU